CUUAUAGAAUGCCGCUCAUAUAACACGCAUAUAUAUAUAUACUACUAGAUAGGUAUAUAUAGUUAAAUAUAUACGUAGUGCACAUCACCCGGCGUGUUUCACACACUCUUAUAUAUACGUACACUCCUAUAACUUCUUAGUUUCGCAUAAUAUACAGCCAUGCUUAGAUACGCCAGCGCAGGGCUAUUUGCCCGUUCAGCAGUGAGGACUACCCUUCUCAGAGCCUCCGUAGUAGGAGCCACACAGACAUCUGCCUUCUCGUCGUCUCCUCUGAGGGCGGCUGGGGCGGACCCCAAGCUAAAGAACAUCGUGGACGAAAUCGCGAAGCUUAACCUUAUGGAGGCUAGUGCCCUCGCAGAUCUAUUGAAGACCACACUAAACAUUCCGGAUGCCCCAAUGAUGAUGGCUGGUGGCGGUGGUGCUGGUGCUGGUGCUGGCCCUGUGGCGGCAGAGGAGGAGAAGAAGGAAGAGCAGACCGAAUUCACCGUCAAAUUAACAAAGUUCGAUGAGAAGUCAAAGGUCAAACUCAUUCGAGAGGUCAAGACAUUGAUGCCCAACCUCAAUUUGGUGCAGGCCAAGAAGUUCGUAGAAGGUUUACCACAAACCGUGAAGGAGAAUGUCCCCAAGGAUGAGGCUGAGAAGCUAGUUAAAGCAUUAGAGGCCGUAGGUGGCAGCUGUCAAAUCGAGUAAUUAAUAAACUCUUUCAAGUCUCGCCACCUUCGUAUGUUGAGGGAUAUUAGAGCCAAAGAGAAUACUUAUCAG